CUAUCGGUAACUGAAUAAACCGUUGCUUUCGCAAUUGAUCACGCUGCCAUAUACAGCUAUUUUUCGAGGGAUUUAAUAGAGUGUCUGAUAGGGGACAAUCAUUUCCAUAUGUAUAAAGUGUUAACCUGAGUCUAUCGUUCGCCGCUUCCGCCACUAACAUGAAGAAAAGGAGCUCAGAGAAAAAACGCCAUGUGGUUGCCUGGGUCAACAAAGCUGAGUGGGAUCAGGUUCUAGAGUAUCUUUACUCCAAGGAUUCCGCCUUACAGAGGUUCGCACUGCAGAGGAUAUCAGCCUGGAAAUGCAGGUAUGCCAGCAGCUGUCCCGUGGCAGUGGACUGCACAGCGGACCUGGUGAGGUGCCAGGUGCUCGACCGGUCAGGACAGCUGGACGGAGGUGAUCUGGUCCUGCUCUAUGGAGCGGCUCUGGUGAGGUUUGUGAACCUGAUCACUGAGCGACAGCAGGGGAGAGUAGCCCGACCACUGAGGCGGCUGGCUGGGAACCUUAACAUCCCAGAGUGGAUUGUAGACCUGAGGCAUGAUUUCACUCACAGGAAGCUCCCUACCUUGAAAUGGUGUAGAAAGGGAUGUAAGGUGGUUCUGGAGUGGCUCCAGCAUGAGUACUGGUCCAGGCAGUUGGGAGGAGGGCCUAAUGAGGACUGGGAAUCACAGUCAGAUGGAGAAGAUGAGGAGACUGACCUAAAACACCAAGAGGAUGAGCUCAUUGCAAGGCAAAAAGAAAUGGAAGCCUACAAAAAUGCUCGGGGACUUCUGAUUUCUUUUGAAAAAGAGCAGUUCCAGGCUUUCGGCGGACUUCCUGAAGACAGAGAGAAGAGCUUGUGGCCAGCCCCCUUUGCAGAAAUGAGCUGGUUACUUGGGGAGAUCAAGCAAUUUGCUUUGGAGUCAAGUGAUUUGCUGAUGGAUGUGUUGUUGGAGGAUGGAUUUCUGGUUCCUACUGUUGAGCAACUAGAAAUAUUAGGCUGUGAAACCUAUGCUAGUGCCAGUCCCAGUCCCACUGAACCCAGACUCCCUCAAACCUUCCUGCGUUUUUGGUUGCCCCUCCUGAAGAUGCUCAACUCACCAGCCUUUGUUCACCUGCUCCUGGAGAAGCUCUUUGUUGAACUCAAGCUGCUCACCAAAGACCAGAAUAGUCACAGGGCUUUCUACCUUUCUGCUUGGAUUUCAGAAGUCAUGCUCUGUAACAGCAACAAAUUUGAAUACCAUUUUGAAACAAAGGGACAGAGGAAGGCCAGAAUGAAGGACAGGAUUUUUGUAAACCGCAUCCAGCUGCGGUGGCAGCAGCUGCUCUCGGCAUGCCUGGAUGCUCCUUGUAUCAGCACGCCUCACUUGCUCCAGUUAAUCCUGGAUGAUAUGGAGCAUCCUCUCCCUCUGGAAACCAGACAGAGGCUGCUUCAGCUCUGCUCCAUCUACACACAGACCACACACUCAGAAUUUGAUCCCUCUCCAGAGCAGAAACAACAGCCCAUAUACACACUGGAGAGUCUGCAUGAGAAGCUGCAGCAUUCACGGCACCACAGCCAUCCUUGGCAUUCCAGGGCUGAGUCAGAGAGGAGUGAGUCUUCCCAGGAGUACAAGCGGGCAGAUGUUCAGGCAGAAAAGGCAAAGUUGCUCAGAGGGUCUCCAUGGCAGCUGUGUGCUGAUAAAGUUUUGUGGAAGAACUAUCCUCUUGGUAAAGUCCCUGGACAGUCAGAUGACCCAUCAUCCCUCAUGGUAGAAAACUACUCAACAAUGACUGUCUUUGACCAGCCAGUGGAGAUGGAGAGCAACACAACAUACAGCGUCCCAGGAGUCUCUGCUCCAGUGAGAACAGCUGAUGGCCUUCUUUGGAACCACAGCGAUGUUAACAAGCUGAAAUCUGGACUACAACUUUUUUGAGUCAUGUUGUAAUACUGGAAAUAAAGGCCUUUAGGUACUGGCACAUUGUUUAGUUUGUGCUCUCUUAACAUAUGGAUAAAAGAAACAAAUUGUUUGAUACUGAAUAUGAUACUCAACAAUUUGUUGUGGGAUGAUAAAUAUGUAAAGCAGUUCAUUAACUGAUCAGUCAGUCAGCUCAAAAUCACUUUUCUGAGUCAUUUAUAAGGCAAGAAUGCCAAACGUUCACUGGUUCCAGCUCCUCCAAUGUGAGGAUUUAUUCCUUUUCUCUGUUAUAUAAUUUAUAAUUGCAUCCAAUUACUCUUUUUUAUUGAAAUUUAAUGAUAAUUUUCUCAAUUAAUAGUAAAAAAUUGCCAUUAUAAUUUCCCAGAACCCAAGGUGACAUCUUCAGUUAAAGUUUCAAACAUUUUAUAGACAAAAACAUUAAUCAGUUAAUAAAAAAUUCAACAGAUUGUUAUUGAAAAUAACUGUUAUUUGCAGCCCUGAUGUAAAGCAUUUAUAAAAGCAUUCAUGUUGUAUGCAGUGUCUACAAUAUUUUCAAUACGUGGCUAAGACAAAAGUGGAACUAGUGCAGACAUUUAACAUCAUAUGAAACAUAUACUUCACAUAGUAAAGCAAGAAUGUGAGAUAGAAUUGGGAUAUGGUUAAUUCGCUGUUAUUGUGUACAGUGAGAUUUUUUUUCUCUUACACCUGCCAUGCCAAGGUAACUUUCUCUGUUUUUGGUCCCUACAAAGGGUUUUUGUGUAGAUACAUUUAAUUUGAAAGCCCUUGAAACGGGAUAUUGUUGUAAGCACGAGGUGAUUUACAAAAUACAUCUUCUUUUGCGCACUUGUGUUCAAUAAAAACUUUUCUCUACUGAA